GCAAUACCAAAUUAUUUCUACACGACUGCGCGCGUUGGCAAUUCAUGUUCACCAGAUAAUCCCUUCAUUCUGAUUCCUUCCUAUAAUCAUACUUCAUACACAAUAUAAAUAGAAAUACUCCUUAAAAUCAUAAUCAAAUAACCAAAAUCUUUCAUUAAAAAAAAUAAAUAAAAAAAUACAGGGGAAAUAAAUAAUGAAGACUGGUGCUAAAUUCGCUUUGUUAUGUUCAUUGUUAGUAGGAAUUUGUUGUAUACAAAGCUUGAUAAUAGGGUGCCAAGCUGGUAGGGUUGAUUUAAAACUUUCAAUAAACCCGGUUUUUAAAGUUAAGGCAGUUAAUCUUGGAGGAUGGCUUCUUACUGAAGGAUGGAUUAAACCUUCACUUUUUGAUGGCAUUCCUAACAAAGACUUACUGGAUGGAACACAAAUUCAGUUAAAAUCAGUGACAAUUGGAAAGUAUGUAUGCGCUGAGAAUGGUGGAGGGAACAUUUUAGUUGCUAACAGAGUUUCUGCAUCAGGUUGGGAAACCUUUAAGUUAUGGAGAAUCGACGAAAAUACGUUCAAUUUCCGGGUGUUCAGCAAUCAGUUUGCAGGAGUGCAGGCAGGUGGAGGCAGUCCUACAGUAGUUACAGUAGCUACCACCCCUGGAGCUUCUGAAACAUUUAAGAUUGUCAGGAAUUCUAAUGAUAAAAAUCGUGUUCGAAUUCAAGCCCCUAAUGGCCUAUUUUUGCAGGCAAAGACACAGGAUCAGGUCACUGCAGAUUAUGCAGGGGAUGGUGGAUGGGGAGAUGAUAACCCAUCUGUUUUUGUGAUGAAUAUAGUAGGAACCUUACAAGGCGAAUUUCAAGUUACUAAUGGUUAUGGCCCCGAAAAAGCCCCAGAGGUUAUGAAGGAACACUGGAACACUUUCAUUGUUGAGGACGAUUUCAGGUUCAUUUCUCAGAAUGGACUCAAUGCUGUCAGAAUUCCUGUAGGAUGGUGGAUAGCCAGUGACCCGACACCCCCUAAGCCUUUUGUGGGAGGGUCAUUGCAGGCCUUGGACAACGCCUUCACUUGGGCACAAAAAUAUGGUAUCCAGGUUAUAAUUGACCUGCAUGCAGCACCCGGUUCACAAAAUGGAAAUGAACACAGUGGGACUAGAGAUGGAUCUCUUGAAUGGGGAAAAACUGAUGCUACUGUACAGCAGAGUGUUGCUGUUAUCGACUUCUUAGCUUCCAGAUACGCAAAAAAGUCUAACCUGCUGGCAAUUGAGCUGAUCAAUGAGCCUGUAGCGCCUGCUGUGACUUUGGACACAUUGAAGAGCUACUAUCAGCAAGGAUAUGAUACAGUGCGCAAGUACUCUUCAAGCGCGUAUGUUAUAAUGUCCAAUCGUUUAGGACCUAUAGAUGCAAGGGAGUUGUUUCCCGUUGCCAGUGGAAAGCAAUUAACAGUAGUCGAUGUCCAUUAUUACAACCUCUUCUCCAGCAUAUUCGAUAACAUGAGUGUCCAACAGAACAUAGACUUCAUCAACAACAACAGGUCUUCAGAUUUGAGUUACAUUACAACCUCUGAUGGCCCCCUUACUUUUGUUGGAGAAUGGGUUGCUGAGUGGCAGGUGAACGGAGCAACAAAGGAGGAUUUACAAAACUUUGGAAAAGCACAACUUCAAGUGUACGGCCGUGCCACCUUUGGAUGGGCUUACUGGACUUACAAGAAUGUAAACAAUCAUUGGAGUCUUCAAUGGAUGAUUCAAAAUGGUUACAUCACACUAACCAAUUAGUAGUAUCAUCGGCUAUCCUUGGAUACGAAUGAAGAUCAUCCGUUACCUCAGCUUUAUGGAAUUACGACUUUGGUAAUAUUAUUGUAACAAUAUGAUAUGAUGUAAACUUAAGCCCUUUUAUUUUUCAAUAUAUAUAACAAUCAAAAUACUACUCGUAUCAAGUAUACGAAUUUAAGCACGUGAUUGAAGUGGACAGUUUUAUAAAUCAACAAGAGAAGAUAAAUGAAAAAUUCUAUAAUUCCAAGUUGGGCAUUUUUAA